AACGAGGGGUGGCCCGGUGCGUCGUCCCAGGUAAGGGGCAGCUGUCCACCAGGUGCCACUCGCCCCACCGCGCGCUCCCAAUCUAGCAGACCACUGGUGGGGAGUACGACAAUCCGAUUGGUUGGUGGCUCGCGCGCGGAUCGGAGAUACUCCGGCGCGCCGCGAUCGAGCAGUCAGUCGUCCCUGGGCGCUCAAGGGACCCGUAGUUGUUCGGUAGAUUCGCUUUACGGCGCAUCACCCGUCGCGGCUCGUGACACGCGGUUUCUCAUUUCUUAUUCUCAUUCUUAUUAUAUAUUAUUAUUCAAUAUAAUAUAAUAUAUAACACAUCGUAUUUCGGUUAUAUCAACUAAAAGGAAAAAUAUCCGUGGCAGUGAGUGCAAGAGAUAGAGAUAGAAGAAUACUAGUCAUCAUCGUUUCGCUUCGUGCUUUAUUAUUAUUAUAAUUAUUAUUUUUAUUAUUGAUAAUACUAUUAUUAUAUAAUUAUUAUUAAUUGUCUAUAUGUUGGCGAAACGAUUCCAUCUUACGGCAAGAUCUCCAUCGGUGAUUCUUUUUCAUCUAUGUGCAUCGAGUGACGAACAAACUGUGUUCACUUUUCGAUCUUUCUAAUACUUUCGUUCGGUCUCCCUUUGCUUCUUCGUACGGGGACGAUAUAAUAGAUUAUUUGAAGGAUUCUAUCGUCGUGGAAUUUGAUCUCCGCACGAUUCGUUCGUAUUAAUUAUUUCAAGAUUUUGCACGCUCUCGACUCUCGAGAGCAGUACGGCCAGAUUUAUGGGGGUGUCCGGAGAGUGCGCGGUCAAGGGCAGCAAGAGCCAACCCUGUCACUGCUGCGCGAGUCACGUCGUUGCUAGUCCAAGCGCGAGCGUGCAGCAGCAACAACAACUUCAACAACAUCACCAUCAUCAGCUACAACAGCAACAACAUCAACGGCAUAAUAAUCAUCAUCAUCAUCACCAUCAUCACGAAGUACAUCACGCUAUUCAUCCCAAUCAUCAUCAUCAUCAUCAUCAUCAUCAAGAUAAGAACAACGUGCCGGUCGAGGUUCAACACAACGGUGACAACGGCAACAUUCUCGCGCCUCUUCGCAGCAAGAUGAAAGUAUUGAAGAAGCUCAAACGCAAGAUGGGCUUAGCACCCAGAUCGUCGAGUGCAGGUACCAACAAUUUACCACCUCUGACCUUCCAUCAGGUGCAUGGUGACAAUAUACGACUUUGUAAUGGCGGGACCAUCGCCAGGAGGCACGAGAGCUUCUGCAAGGGAGUCACAUUUAGUGCAAGACCGGUCCGAGUCGGUGAGAAGGUAUGCGUGAAGUUCUUGGAAAUCUCGGAUAAUUGGAGUGGUGUUAUACGUUUCGGCUUUACCAGCAACGAUCCUAUCAAUCUAAGAAGCGGUCUUCCAAGGUAUGCUUGUCCGGACCUAACAAACAAGCCUGGCUACUGGGCCAAAGCACUAGCUGAGAGGUUCGCCGAACCGGACACAGUUCUCUUUUAUUACGUCACAUCCGCCGGAGAUGUUCACUUCGGUGUUAAUGGGGAAGAAAAGGGUCUCUUCUUUACUGGCGUCGAAACUCGUAGUCCAUUAUGGGCGAUCAUCGAUGUCUACGGCAACAGUACUGCCAUCGAGUUCGUCGAUCCCAAUAGACAACAUUUUAAUAAUAUUAGACGAGGCGCGGAGCAUAGUAACGAAGACAAUGCGCAGCACAGCAGGCACUCGGCGAUGGACGAUGCUAGCAAUGCUGGCAGGGACGUCGAGAGAAUCAUCGUUCCGUCCAUGCAGAGCAUGUCGAUCCAUCAUGAGCCUGACGUCGAGCUGCCUGGACUCAGGUUUCAACCAGCCGGUGUCAUCUUUACCCCAUUGCCCUUCCACCAUACCCGCGGCAGAAACAUCCGCUUCAGUAAUCAACAGUGCGUGGCAACGCGCACCGACACGGAAUUCUGUCACGGCUACGCCUUCACCGGACGGCCGUUGCUACUAGGUGAGCGACUGGUCGUGCAAAUCCUAGCGACGGAACCGAUGUACGUCGGAGCACUCGCCUUGGGUUUGACUUCUUGUGAUCCAGCUCGCUUGACAGCCGAAGACCUACCAGACGAUAGUGAUCUCUUAUUGGAUCGUCCAGAAUACUGGGUCGUGUCGAAGGAUGUAGCUUCGAGUCCGCAGCCUGGUGACGAAAUUGCCUUCACUGUCACUCACUAUGGCGAGGUUCAAAUGAGCAAGAACGGAGGACCACCUAAUGUGGUCAUGCAUGUUGAUCAGAGUCUCCAACUCUGGGCGUUCGUGGAUGUCUACGGUAGCACGCAACGCGUAAGAAUGCUCGCGAGCAGGCCUACUUCUCCGCCGAGGCAACGUCAAAGCAAUCCUUCACCAGCGACGAUAAUUCAGCAGCAGCAACAACAGCAACAACAACAUUCGAACCAUAGCAACGCAGCUACCGAACUUUCGAGAUUCUCCGAAAUGGUCCAGUUCAAGCCAACCGUUGGUGGCGGCACGGUACUCGUCGUGAAUCUUCCACCUCAAGGUGGUUACCCAGCACCACCACCGCCUACACCACAACCGAUUUAUGCGUCUGCCGCUCAUAGAAACUCAGCAGCAACAGUAUCUCAUCUACCACCGUCUUCAGCAGCACCUGUACCUCAUCCUGGAUCCUCCAGACAAUCCUCACCACCGCUUACCGGCACGAUGACCAGCACAGGUUCCUCGACUUAUGUCGAUCCGGUGACUUAUCAAAGUCUUGAUGGUACUCUCACAUCGCAAGCAUCCUCUCAUCUUCAACAAUGGAGUGAAGGUCUUCAGCCAACCCCAGGUCAACCAAGCGAGUGUUCCAUUUGCUACGAGAGGAGUAUCGACAGUGUCCUAUACAUGUGUGGUCACAUGUGCAUGUGUUAUCCUUGCGCCAUUCAACAAUGGCGCGGCAAGGGUGGCGGUCAUUGUCCGCUCUGUCGUGCACCCAUCAAGGAUGUUAUUCGUAUUUAUAGAUCCUGAACGCCGGCAUCGCGUCGAUGUCGUGUUAAAGACAGGUCCAGAAACUGAAAAGGCAAGCUGCGGCUACGGACACGACGAUGAUAUUCUCGUCUUAUUGAGAUCAGGGAUUUGACCACGUCGAUCUUGGAAGAUGAUUGUCCUCUUCCGUGAUCGGCAUAAAACGUGGUUCUCUUUUACGUUUUUUCCUACUGCCGAUAGUGCGUACUACUACUUUGAUUCUAUUUCCAUUGCACUAGGACGAGAGAGAGAGAGAGAGAGAGAGAGAGAGAGAGAGAGAAAGAGAGAGAGAGAGAGAGAGAGAGAGAGAGAGAGAAAGAGAGGAGAGCAAGAAAGACAGAGGAUUAACAAGAGGGGUUCCGAAAUGCAGAAAAUAAAAUAAAUAAAGAAGUCAAUGAUUUCGGUAUAAUGAAAAGUAUCAAUUAAGAUGUCAAAUAGAUGUGCCGCUGUCUUGUCCAAUCGGCAGAAAUGUGCUUCCAUAGCGCGAUCACUGCCUUCGUCGUUACCGACUCAACCAGGCGAAAACGCAACAUAACUUUGCUGCUGCUCCUAAUGCUUUUUCUUCUGAGAAAUGAGAAAAAGAUAAAGAGUAAUACGGAGAGGAAAGAUGAAUACAAUGACCUGUGUGAUCUUUUUUCUUCUCUCUUAUCAAGCUAUCCGAUUGUAUCGGAAAUUCUCUUUCCUAGCGGCAUAUCGGUACCCUUCGCAAUCUUUUCGUGUGAUUUUUAAAGUGCAGACAAGUAUAUGCGUUUUGCUUGUGGCUUCAAGAACAAGAGGAGAAAGAGAGAAAAAAGUGAGCGAGGGUGCUUUUCCAUUGGUGGAUACUUUUCACGUAUUUGCGUUAUUUAGCGAACGUCGUCAGUUAUUGCUAAUUACUAAUAUUAAUUAUUAUUAAGAUUAUUAUUAUUAUUAUUAUUAUUAUUAUUAUUAUUAUUAUUAUUAUUAUUAUUAUUAUUAUUAUUAUUAUUAUUAUAAAAUAACGUCACUAUUCACUCUAUCACUAUUACUACUGCUAUUAUUUUUACUUUUCGGUUAUUAACGUUAUUCUUAUUUUCUUUUACGAACUUCAUUAUGGAUUAUCGAUAUAUCCUUGCUUGAAGUAGCGUGUGUUAGCGAUCAUUUUUUUUUCUAUCGUGAUCAUCAUUAGGAUGGUCAUAACAAUUCACGUUCGUUAACGUUAUCAUCAUGACGUCGUAGUAGAUGUUUUUUUUUCAUUUACAUAUUAUACUCAGUGUUAUUUGCGUCUCGAAUUCAAUAGUAUCUUCGCGUUGAUUCGUAUCGAUGUAAGGAUUAUCGAAAAAUAAAAGAAGAUAAGGGUACUUCGAGAUAUUCGACUCGUUCGUUUACACGUUUA